CCAGAGCUUACAAAACGAGGAGGAGAAUAUUAAAGCCCUAAAAAUGGAGACGCUAACAAGUGAUGUGGAGGAUUUUUCUGCAUCAGCAACACUAAUCUACUUCAAGUCUCCAGUUCCUCCUCUGCGAAUCCCUAUACCUGCUGGUCUGUCUGAUGAUCCAUCUCAAGGCCCAUUUGUUCUUGCUUUCGAGGAUUCUCUAAGUUGGAAAUCUGCAUUGCAAGCUUCCGAAUCUAAAAUUAUAGAGCAAUGUGAGGCUGGAGCCCGGAUAGGUUGUUCAAUCAACGCGUCUAGCAAGUGCUGGCCUCCAUGGUGGAAAACCCUGCUUGGAGGUGCUCCUAUGGAUCUUGCAGAGAGGGAACAGUGUGAAGAACGUGAGAUGUCAGCCUGUCUUGUUGCUUCUAAAGAGUCUUGCCUCAAGUUUGCAAAAGACAAGUGUUUGUCCCCAUUUCUUGAGGCACGUAUAGCAUUGACUGACCAUAAAGGAAUUGUGAAGCUUCCAAACUCAGCAGCUGGCAAUUUAGAAGUGACAAAUUGCAGAGGAAGUGAUAUUUGAUGCUCUGAUCCGAACUUGAAUAAUUCCAAAGAAGUGGCAGUUCAGUUACGUUUUCAAGUCUCGAAUUAAGGUUACUUAAGAUGGUUCAUUGGAGAACUAGAACACAUAGCUGCUUCUUGCCAUAAGAACUACAGCAGCAGAAGAAACAAUGGUUUCAGGGAGUGGCAUCUGCACUAAACGAGUUGUCGUUGAUGUUAGUCACCAUAUGCUUGGAAGAUUAUCUUCCAUCACUGUGAAAUUGUGAAGUGAUCUGCCUUUCUGGUGGUCUUGUAUGACAGAAAAUGAAGUAUCUUCAUUUCUUCCUUUCUGCCUUUGGAGGACCAUCUGUGGUAUUGUUCCACACAAGACCAAGCGUGGGGCUGCUGCAUUCUGAAUAUGAGGGUAUCCCACUACCUUGUGACAAGAUUGAGAGGUUGCUUAUCCCUGGACACAAGUACUGCCUUUUAGGAGGACUUUCAUCUGAGAUUAGAUGGAGUCAGUACCUGAUACCAUCAAGGAACUUGAGGAAAAGAGAAAGGCAGGAUCCCGUGCAGCAUAUGAACGUAAAAAGCAGUUGAACAAGUUGAGGCUCAAGGCUGAGAAGACUGGCGAAAGGACAGCUCGGUGCACAGCUAGAAAAUCUUGUUACAGUCUGAAUACUAGAUUGUGUAAUUGAUUCUUCUUAAAUGACAAUUUUGAAGAUUUUGGCUCCUGCUAUGUUCUUGCAUUUCAUUCUGAUUUUGAGACUUCUUCCUUGUUUGGUUGUUGAAUCCUAAUAUUUGAGAUUUUCGUUUACCUACUUAUGAAAUUAUAUAUGUUUCCUUC